GAUGAUGAUGGGCCGGUUUGAGCGCGAUGCCUUCGACACGCUCUUCGACCACGCGCCGGAUAAGCUCAGCGUGGUGAAGAAGUCUCUCAUCACUUUUGUGAACAAGCACCUGAACAAGCUGAAUUUGGAAGUGACAGAACUUGAGACCCAGUUUGCAGAUGGCGUGUACCUGGUUCUGCUCAUGGGCCUUCUUGAAGACUACUUUGUUCCUCUCCACAACUUCUACCUGACCCCGGACAGCUUCGAUCAGAAGGUGCACAAUGUGUCGUUUGCCUUUGAGCUGAUGCUGGACGGAGGGCUCAAGAAACCCAAGGCUCGCCCCGAAGAUGUGGUAAACUUGGACCUCAAAUCCACCCUGAGGGUUCUUUACAACCUGUUCACCAAGUACAAGAACGUUGAGUGACCUGGGAGCAGCAGACAGCUGCGGGGACAGUUUCCCAGCAGGAGAAGUGUCGUCCGCCUGUGCCCCGCGCCUCCCCAGGGUCUCAGCUGUGUGAUUAUCACCCCACCCCACCCCUGCCUUUUUUUGGUUGUGUUCUUAACCUCCUCCCCCUGUAAUUCCGCGGUGGGCAGGAGCCUUUGGAAAUGCAGGCUUCUAAACAUCAAGGCUGUGUUGCAGGCCUCGCCCCACGUCGUUCUGCAGGAUGCUGAGUCAGUUGUCUGCCUUGAUCAAAAGAUGAAAAGAAAAAGCCCAUGGACGGCGCCCCGCGUUCCAUCUGAUGGAGCGGUCACGGUCAUGGGUGCGUGGAAGUGCGCCGUCGGCUUUGCAGGAGCGCUGGCUCCGGGAGGACUCAGGCUCACCACUCUCCAGCAUCUCCAGGGCUGGGCUCUCCUUGAAAGUGAGGCCU